AUGCGCGCCUCUUUCUCAUCCUCAGCUGCCCACACUCUGGCUGGUCCAGAGGAACGCAGACACUCCGCUCCAGGAGCAUACAUCCCUGCUCAUGCCGGCCCAGCAGAAUCCAUCGCAUGUUCGGUAGGCGCACACGAUAGCAGCACACGAUCCUACCGCAACCGGGCACUCUCCUUGGCUUCGAGGCUCGUCAGGCCGGCCCAAUCCCUGCCAGCGCUAUCAACUCAGCGACGUUCGUCAAGCACAGACGGCCCACCAGCGAUAGUAUACCUCCAACUGUCUGUCUCCGAAGGCCCGUCCCCACGGCGCGGAUUCUGGCCUGGUCGCCACAGCACUUGCGUAUCGCUCAGCGAAGAUUCCUGUAGCCCUCCACUUACCACCGUCCUCCUCGAAGACGACCCACUGUCGAACGUGGGGCUCGGGCUCGGGUUGCCCGUCGAGUUCCACACACCUAUCGAUGCCGACCGCCCGGCCACCACAACAGCAGAAAUAGUGGCAUCUUCCGACUACAAUGGUCUCAGACGGCGCAACUCCAGUUCCAAUCAGGUGCCCGUAUAUUCAAUAUGUCCUCCGGGCCUUGACACGGUCGACGUGCCGACAACAGGCAUAAAUGCACAGCAAACGUGCGACCAAUCUGUGCCUCCAUUCGUAACGAGGGAGAUGGACACGCAGUCUUUGUUGAGCGCGCAUGAUUAUACAAUCGAUAUUGUACCGCCCACGCCUCCACUUUCUGAUCCGGAGUCCAUGGAGUUCCUGCAGGGCGAGAUUUCACCGCCGGGAGCACCGCAGUUGCAAAGCAUAAACCGCUUCCGUGCAGAUUCACUGUAUGGUUGA